AUGGUCCAACCUAGAAGACAAGACGUGGUAACCCAGUACCAAAAACACAACCUGAACACCUUGCAGAAAACCAAAACAAUAAAUGACAAUACCCGGCUGAAAACUGAGAAGAGAGAGAAGGAAAAAAAGAUACAAGAGAAGGGGGAUAUCAUAGUAGAAAGCAGACUUUUUCCUGUGAUUCGCCCAAUGCGCAAAAGACCCAGUAGUGUUGUACAAUGGCUGAAGCAAACGAAGAAACAAAACAAAAAAACGUGCAGCGAGAUUAACAAUUAG